AUUUUCAUCUCAUCAUUGCUCUUUUUGCUCCUUUAACUCUCAUUUUCUUUGUUUUUCAGACAUGGGUCCUGAAAGUAUCUAUCCAUUGCCAAGGUUGCAAAAGAAAGGUCAAGAAAGUUCUACGAGGCAUCGAUGGUAUUCAACAAAAUAGAAUCAAUCCUCUUCUUCUUUUUAUUAUUGUUUGUUGUAGUUGUCAACUUAAAAUAGCUAUAGAAAGACACCAAGGGUCAGUUGAAACAUUUUGGUUAAUUACUUGUUUAAAUUUUGUUGGAGAAAAAUAAGAAUAACACAUCCCUCAAUGAUGGUAAACCUUUUGCUUUUAUUUUAUUUUUUAAUCUUCUUUUUAGGAGUUUAUACAGCAGCAGUUGAUUCACAGCAACAAAGAGUCACAGUUACAGGUAACAUUGAAGUGGAGACUUUGAUCAAGAAACUCAUCAAAAUAGGUAAGCAUGCAGAGAUUUGGUCUGAAAAGCCCGCUUUAAAGGAAAAAGAAUCAGCCAAAGCAAAGGCCAUGCACAAUCAAAAGGACUCCAAGAAAGGCCACGAUAUUAACGGAAGGAAAAACUCUGUUAAAUUCAGUGAGGAGGGAACGUGUGAAAAGACAAAAGAACUCGGUAAGUCACCGGAAGAUUCCAUCGAAGCUCCGGAAUUACCCACAGUGAAGAACACUGACAGUGGAAAUGAGGGUGGUGGUGGGGUUACCAAAAGCGGAGGUAAAAAGAAGAAAAACAAAGGGCAAAGAGGUGAUAAUGGCAGCAAUCAUUCGGGUUCUGGCUCACCAUCUUCCGGUGCAGCUGCAGGUACUGGAAAUCAAACUCAAGGGAUGGGAAUAGAACAAGUUGUGGACACGAAUAAUCUCCACCCUACACGUCAUUGCUCGGUUCCAUUACCACAUCCAGUAUACGGAUCAAGUUACAACAUGGCAUACCCUAGAGAAAGUCCUGGUCCUUUCUAUUAUGUCCCAGUGUACACACAGGCACAGCCAAGUAGAUAUAAUCAAGUGAGCCCAGUGGAGUGUUUGUACUAUUUCAGUGAUGAAAACGUUAAUGGAUGUUCAAUCAUGUGAUGAAUCUGUUGAGAGGAGUGCUUGUUUUUAUUGUGUUAUGUUACAUGAGAGAAUAGCAAGAGGCCAAUCGUUUACAUGCUAAUCGAAGCUCUCCAUCUUCUCUUUA